AUGCCGCACCGGGACGCACGUUCGGGCCUGGCGGUGGUCGGUAUAAAGCCGCUGCCCGCCGCCGCCCACCCCAGCUACCACCACCCCAACCGCAACCCCCCGCCGCCGCCCCCCUCGCCGCGUGCCCCAUUCCGGUUCUCCGUCUGCGAGCCCAUCAGCGAGGAGCCGCCCCCGCCGCCGCCCCCGCCGCCGCCCCCGCCGCCCGCGCCUGCGACGUCGUCAUCGAUCCAGGUCGAGCACGAGGUUUAUCAGCGUCAUCACCGGCCGCGCGCGCCCCUCCCGCGCACCCAGUCCGCCCCACAGCUGCUCAUCUCCACCACCACCACCAAGCCCGUCCACAUCCACCUUCUUCAACGAUCCGCGCCGAAAAUGUCUUCGUCGCUCAUGCCCCGCAGCGACUCGUUCAACGCCCGCGUCCGCGGCAGCAGCCAUGUCGACUUCAAGACCGCCACCACCGGCGUCGCCGCCAAGGCGAUGCGCAACGAGCUCAGCAAGCUCGUCAGCACCGUCGAGGACCCGCAGACGAAGAAGGCGUUUGACACCGAGAUGCAAUCGUUCUUCUACCUCUUCACCCGCUACCUCUCCGAGCGCGCGAACGCGCAAGAGCUCGACUGGGACCGCGUCAAGUCGCCCGGCGCGGACCAGAUCGUGCCCUACGCCCAGCUCUCCGCCUCGGCCAACCCGAAGAACCUCGACAAGCUCGCCGUGCUCAAAGUCAACGGCGGCCUGGGCACCUCGAUGGGCAUGACCGGCGCCAAGUCGGCGCUGGAGGUGAAGGACGACAUGACCUUCCUCGACCUGACCGUGCGCCAGAUCGAGCACCUCAACACGUCGCACCACGUCGACGUCCCGCUCGUGCUCAUGACCUCGUUCAACACGCACGAGGACACGCUCCGGAUCAUCAAAAAGUACGCGAACCAGCAGCUGCGGAUCACGACCUUCAACCAGUCGCGCUACCCGCGCAUCUUCAAGGAGUCGCUCAUGCCCUGCCCCAAGUCGGCCGACGACGACAAGAAGCACUGGUACCCGCCCGGCCACGGCGACCUCUACAACGCCCUCCUCCACUCGGGCGUGCUCGACCAGCUCCUCGCCGAGGGCAAGGAGUACCUCUUCGUCUCCAACUCGGACAACCUCGGCGCCGUCGUCGACGAGGCGAUCCUGCAGCACAUGAUCGACACCGGCGCCGAGUUCGUGAUGGAGGUCACCGACAAGACCAAGGCGGACAUCAAGGGCGGCACGCUCAUCGACUACGAGGGCCAGGUCCGGCUGCUCGAGGUCGCGCAGGUGCCGUCCGAGCACGUCGAGGACUUCAAGUCGGUCCGCAAGUUCAAGAUCUUCAACACGAACAACAUCUGGAUCGACCUCCGCGCGCUCAAGCGCAUCAUGGAGGACGAGGGCAUGGAGCUCGAGAUCAUCAUCAACCCCAAGACGAACGACGACGGCCAGGCCGUCGUCCAGCUCGAGACGGCCGCCGGCGCCGCCAUCAAGCACUUUAGGGGCGCCCACGGCGUCAACGUGCCCCGCAGCCGCUUCUUGCCCGUCAAGAGCUGCUCGGAUCUGCUCCUCAUCAAGAGCGAUAUUUACUCGAUCCAGCACGGCCAGCUCCUCCUCAACGAGGCGCGCAUGUUCGAGACCACGCCCGUCAUCAAGCUCGGCGACCACUUCAAGAAGGUAGAGGAACUUUCUCGGAUGGGGCGCGUCCUUUCGCUGACACGGGCCACUGACUUGCCGAACCACCCCCAGAUCCAACAGUUCCAGAAGCGGUUCAAGAAGAUCCCGAAGAUCCUCGAGCUCGACCAUCUGACCGUCACCGGCGACGUCUACUUUGGAAGGAACGUCACCCUCCGCGGGACCGUCAUCGUCGUCGCGAACGAGGGCCAGCGGAUCGACAUCCCCGACGGCUGCGUGCUCGAGAACCGGCUCGUGUCCGGAAACCUCAACCUCAUCGUGCGUUUUCGCUCGCGUUUUGUGAGAUACGACCCUUCUUUUUCUUACCUCAUCGAAAACGUUGGCAGGAGCUCUAAGCGACGUUGA